UACUAUUCCUAAGGUUUGAGCCAGAUAAUCAAAAUCUGCUGCUUGUCGCUUCGAAGAACUGGACAUUUGUGGUAAUCAAGUGGAGCUCAAGCUAUUGGGGAACACUCUCCUUAAAAACUGUCCAGGCAGACGGAAAAGAAAGAAGAGAAGACAAAAAAAGGCUGUGGCCAAAGGAUGAAACGCUAAGUAAUGAGGCGAUUGUUUUGGUUGGGAAUGAUCCAGACCACAACAGUWASCGAGGCUUCAGAGGAACCAUAUCAAGGCUGAACAUUUGGGAUACUUGGAUUGGGGAUACAAAACCUGACAGUCUUACAACUAACGCUAGAGUUGCUUGGCCAAUGUUUUGGGAUUUCUAUGGACCUCAAAUUGCUGGAUCUGUUGUCAAAUUGCCAUAUUCUGAACUACAGAGAGUUCAUCAAGCUGUUCCCGCUGCAAACAUCAAGUGGUCAGCCCAUGGAAUCGACAACGUGGCUGUCACCGCUUCCUCUCAAAUAUUCAAAGCCACGUUCAAUGAUAUUCCGUGCGAUUCUGUGGCCUAUUUGUCCGUCACUCUAAAAGCACAGGAGACACCAAAACGCAUCAAAUAUAAGCAAACAUUUACUGGAAAUGUUAAGUGUUAUGGCAUUUUUGGUGGACUACUUUCUGGAGCAUACAGAUUGAACGAGACAGGCCUAUAUCCAUUUGAUUCGACUAAAGACAAGAUAUCUGAAUAUAAAGACAUUGGAUCAUCUUCAGUGCCACACCUACCGUUGGGUUCAAUCUAUGGAUGCCAAGAAGGUAACUUUUGGGAGAAACGGGGAAAUUCAGCAGCACAAGCCACUAUAACUCAACGGUGCAAACCAAAUAUGAAAAGUUUCACUCUCACGACGUUUGUCAAGUGCGGAACAGGGAGUUUUGAACUUUCAAACUUUAAUUUCAUUCAGUGAAGAAUUAGUAGAUUGGAAAUAAGUAUCAGGCCUGGUCAAGGAGUCCUUGGUUGAGGGGGAGGGUAAAACAUCCAGGCUGAUUUUUGAUGUUUUCAAUGCCCACCAAUCUUUUAAUUUUGAGGGCUUUUAUUUUAGUAGUUCCGACGUGGAUGGUAGAAAAAUAUAACAUGUAAUCAGGAAGUCAGAAAUUCGACGAAAUCCGGGGGAGCGGAAGAACCAGAAGGUUUCCUUAUUCCGACUACAAAUAAGAAAUCAUGCAUCUAUUAUGCAAAAACGAAAUGAAAAACAAAAUUUCGGAAGCGGAGUCUUAAGUGGUAGGGAGGGAUCAAUCAAAAGCAUUUUCUCUCCUGUCCCUCCCCGCUUUGAAAAAAGUUGAUAUUAGCCAUUUUGAAUUUGAACGUUUCUGCUUCUUCUGGUUUGUAAAUAUUUCAUUUCAAUGUUUCUGACUUCGCUGAAAACCAGGCUUUUUUCAAUCUACUAAUUUCACAGUAAACAAAUCUCACUUCAAUAUAUUAGAUUUUCUUUAACGCGUGAAACAAAGUAUAAAGUGUGUUUCACGGGUUUAUGAUAAUCACUCUAGCCACUGAUAAAAAUAACAUUGACUAUUUCAUAGUCUAUCCCUUAGACGAAUGACAAGCAGUUUAAGG